AUGAGGUCUACGUUUAUCAGGCUCUUUCACGCUUCUCCAACUUCGUUAUUGACUAGACCAUGGCAAAAGUUUCGCGAUGGCUCCCUGUUUUAUGGUCAACUCAAAUCAGGUAACAAGCGUUUUGCAUUAACUACAAAAGAUGGUAAUAAGACCAUGUACAAAGGUACUCGUUCUUCGGGUAUUGGUAAACACACUAGAUACGGUGGUUAUACUAUAAAAUGGGCUAGGGUACGCACAUUUGUGACGCCGACCAAUUAUAACAGAGACCUGAAGCCCUUGGUAUCACACAAUUUGCCAGAGUUGAGACAUCAUUUCAGCGGAUAUUCUAAAGGACCCUUGGAUACUCGGCUUUAUUUUGACAAAUUGAGGGAAUACGUAAGGAGUGGUAAAAUUGAAGAUAAAGCCACAGAUCCGGACUGCUAUGUAGAACGAGGCUAA